AUGGCAUACCGUCGGAUCGGACUAGAUGAACGGGAAUUUUCAUUAUCAUCUCCUGCUUUUCCCCCGGUCCCCUUUAUCAACAUGGAAGAAAACGACCGCUUGCUCAGGGAGAAAUGGGACCGUGAAGCAGAGGGCUCCAUUUGUGAUCAGCUAGCUCAGAAUCCAGGGAAAGCUUUCUACGACCCGGACUCGUGGAAGAUAGUGGCGGCUCAAGCAAAGCAUAGCAGCAGGUGUGCAAUGUGCCAGAGAUUCUACUGCGCGGGAAGAUAUGAUGUUACAUCUGCCAGAUUUUUGAAUUAUAAAGUGGUCAAUGAUAGCUUCACGACACCAGCUACCUUUACGUGCUUUACUAGACUUCCAGUAGAGUUACGUACCCAAAUAUGGAAAGAAGCACUUCCGGCACUGAGGCUAGUGCAACUACAUAUAAGACAAAGCAUGCAUUAUACUGCUGGGGAAGCCUUUCAACGAUGCUACCAGGUUUGGGAGAGUAUGCAGAGUGAAUUGGGCUCCGAUACCACACUUCUUACAGUAUUUGCCGAGUCAAGAGCGGCAUAUCUCAGCCCUUACACGCCCAUGCGAAGGUCGUGCUCUCUUCCAAAAAAUACAAUACCUCUGGGAUUACAACAGCGGUCAAACCAUGGAAAGCAUCCUGAAGUCUACAUCGAUAAGGCUCACGACACGAUCUUAUUGGAGUACGGCUCGACAGAUCCUACGUGGUCUCUGGAAUCCUUUCCUUCCUCAUUUUAUGACACUCUGGGGCUUCAAAACAUUGCCAUCGUCCCUGAAGAUGUGCGGUUGGACCUAUCAGUUGGCUCCGGUUGGACUAUUCUCCGACAGUCCUUUUCAUCGAUGAAAAGUCUUCAUGUCGUCCUUCUGUCGCCGACUAAUUUUGCCGUGCAUGAAAACGCCCUUCAUCUAGUUGAUGUCUCAGCGGAUUGGAAUUAUCGUAACCGGCAUUAUACCGGGUUCACCAGAGGGCCUGUAUUACCCCGUAUGGAAUGCAGCAUGACGAGAAACAUCAAUCCAGAGAUUUUCUAUCCGCGAUCUCAAGUCAUACAUGCAUAUGCAAAAGGAGAAACCGAAGAGGAAAUAAAGAAAUGGGACUCCAUUCCAGUCAGUACAUCCAUCCUCGCCAUUAAGGACAGGGAAUUGUGGUGGGCAGAAAAGUUAUAUGUCACGCACAGGGAUUCAAAGUCCGACCGUCCUACCCAUUGGAUAAUAAUCCCUAGACACCAGUUGAGUGCUAGUUAUUACGUAUAUGAAAACAAUUGGGUUACGGUUUUGUGGGACGAAGAAUCUGAUUAUGGCCUCACUGAUCUGUUCGCGGAGCAGCUCAACAACAAUUUGGGAAAUCUUAGCACCAGCGAGGAAUUUCUUGUGCCACACAUGAGACACAGCCCACAUGGAGAAAUUGUCCUUGCUCGAAGAUCGGACGAAUGGAAGCCUUACUGGUGGCAAAGUCAUCGAGAGGAUUUCUCGACAAGAUAUAAUGCAGAUGGUCAAGCGAUCAUAACAAGGGGGUUAACCUAG